CAUGUCAGUACUUUUUUGUUGCAGAUUCACCGCAAGAUGGGGCUAAAAGCGUUAUUUUUUAUAAUAGCCGCGGCGCACAGCGCGUCUGCUGCUGAACUUUUACGAUCAAAACGACAAGCCCCUGGCAGUAUAUUUACAGUGGGUAAUGGAGAGCAGUGUUUGGGCUCGGACAGGUCGACCGGCGGUGUCUGUCUGUCGAGAAACCAGUGCAACACUCAGGGAGGAAAAGCUAUUGGCUUUUGCGGCGUCUUCGCUACUUGUUGUUCAUUAAACGCAUGCGACGUCCGUACAAACACUAAGGUGGCUGUCUUCAUCAAUCCGCCACUAAGCCGGGAAGAUUCCGGCUUAGAAUGCUCAUACAACGUCGAAAUCAACAACAACAACGUCUGCCAACUGAGAAUCGACUUCGAGACCUUCAACCUAGCGCCACCUACAACUGUGGAACCAGUGGAGAAUGUGACCCAGAGACCAGGGUAUACCUGCAGAAAUGACGUGUUCCAAGUGUCCAACCUGCAGGCCAACUCAGACCUACUGCCGGCACUGUGUGGAGACAACAAUGGACAGCAUUUAUACGUCCGGGUGAACGCAUCCAUCAACAGCCGGUCCAUCCGGAUCAACUUCAAGAUCGCGGACCGCAGCACGCAGCCCAACCUGCCGCAAGCCACGUGGAAGAUCAAGGUCACCCAGCUGGAGUGCUUCAAUACUUUGGGUAAAUACAGAGACGGUAUCCUGGAAGCCAUCACCUCGAACCUGCCGUCAACCCCCUACACCUCGUCCGCUGACCGCGACGAAUAUCUUAUCGCGCCCCCCGGCUGCCUGCAGUACUACCCGGACAGGAACGGCGCGUUCGAAUCGUUCAACUACAACCGCGGCGCCGGCCCCUACAUCGCCAACCUGGCUUAUGCCACGUGCUUCAAACGCACCCCCGACGUUUGUGGGGUUAAGCUAACCUCAGCCUCAUUCGAGAUGGCGUACCGUUCGGAAGAGAACCUGUACCUGGACACGGACUGUCAGAUCAACCCGGUGACGCAGGGCACGCCUCAGUCAGAGGACUACCUGUUCAUACCGGAGUCCGAGACAGCUGACGGGUUAAGGGGGUCGAAAUUCUGCGGCAGCAGCGGACUGAAUCAGAUUAUUGCUUCCACGCCCCCCGGACCGCUCUACGUGCAUUUCCACAGCGAUAACUUGGUGACUGAUGAUGUGCCGGAGUCAGGGUAUCGGUUCAACUACAAUGUCCUCAACAACUGCUAUGUGAAGAGUAUUUAUAAGAAGUAAAAAAAUGGUGAUGAUUUUACUGCGGUUUCGUCAACUCAAUAUUAAAAAAACUUUUUUGAGAGUUUGAGUAAUGUUAGGGUCAUGUUUUUUUUAUUGAUUAAUGAAACUGUAAAAAACAACCCGCCAUCUUUGUAGACUGAUUGCCAGAAAAGCAUUUAUGGGUAUUUGCAUUUACUAAUGUUGUAGGCUUAGACAUAUGACUACCUUAUAAGGUUGAUAUUAUUUAUUUUUGUUAAGUAAAUAAAUAAUUUAAGUAUUUA